AUGACCUUCACUCCAUCUCAACUACCACUACAUAUCCAGGAAGCUUCCAACUCUAUUAACUAUCAAAUUAUUGCACUAUCAAGGGGGUCACAAGAGGUUGAGAGUGGACAACGAACACUGACCCAGCCAAUACAAGACAGAACAUCUACUCUAACUAGCAGUCAAUUUGGUGGUGUGAGGACUAGACUAUUUCUAAACAGAGGACUACGAGUUGUGUGCAAGGAAGGCUACUUUGAUCCUGACUGUGAUAUCCCUUGUACCUCAAGAAAUGACUCCACUGGACACUUCACCUGUGACACUAAUGGUACCAAGGUGUGUCUCCCUGGUUACCAGAGCCCUGAGACCAACUGUGUGGAAGGAACUGUCCCCCGCACUGCUAGCACUCCAGUCACUCAAACAACUACUCGUAUUUUAACCAUGGAAACAUCAUCACAAAGCAGCGAUAUGCCAACACGACAGACUAUUACACCCACACCUCUUAGCAUUGUGGUGAGUACCGCUCCCGAGACAACAUUUGUCAUACAAGAGUUGACUACUAACAGUGACAUAUCUCCAUCAGCUGUUAGUGCGGACAUUGUACCCAUUGUGGCUGGAGGAGUUGCCGCGGGGUUGGUGGUGUUAGUGUUGAUCUUAAUUGUCAACAUUGUGUUGGUGGUUGGUGUUCUCAAAGUCAAGUUUAUGAAACACUAUUCAAAUAAACAAGGGUCUGCAACGGAGGAGAACAUCACUAUGGGGGCGAAUCCAGUGUACGAGAUGGGGGGAGGUAGACACAACAGAUCUGAGGACAAUGUUGACUAUGAGAUAGUACGAUGACUACCCAAAUAUACUCUGUGCAGUAGUUUUAGAUCUAUAGAAAGAGUAGCUUACACUUGUAAUCUGUUUACAUCACUGAAAAUGGACCAUCUGUCCUUCAUAGAUCAAAGUUAUU